CAUGAUGCGCACACGGGUUAGGAAAUACGGUACCAUUGGAAUUGCAGCACUUGAGAUGGGAUGCGCAUUUGUAAUUACGGUAGCUCUGCCUGGAUGCACAUUUGGAAUUACGGUAGUUGUGGUGCGCGUGGGUAUUUGGAAAUGCGGCAGUUGUGGAUACGCACUUGGAAUUACGGUAUCAUGCAGCGAGAGCUUCCUCACGUCCAACCCGUGGUUUUUUGGGGAGCAGAAGGACCCAAAACCAGUCAGGUUUUCUCCUCUGAGCUCCUUUGGGUCGUGUGUGGAGAGGGAUGGAGGCUGGGAAAGGGGACCCUCCACACCACACCCAUGGCCUGCUACGACCUCUGCCGACCCUGCGGACCCACCCCGCUGGCCAACAGCUGCAACGAGCCCUGUGCCCUGCAAUGCCAGGACUCCCGCGUCAUCAUCAACCCUUCCCCUGUGCUGGUCACCCUGCCAGGACCCAUCAUGACCUCCUUCCCCCAGAGCACCGCCGUCGGAUCCACCUCCUCGGCUGCCGUGGGCACUGAACUCAGUGUGCAGGGACAGCCCAUCUCUGGGGGAUUUGGUGGCUUUGGUGGUUUUGGCUAUGGCCGUGGAUUUGGCUAUGGGCUGGGCUGUGGCUAUGGUCUGGGAGGCCUGGGCUUCUAUGGCCGAAGGGGUGGCUACAACUGCUAAGGACUCUCAGCACUGUUUCUGUCACCAACCAUCAUCUCAGGGCUCUGGGAACACCUCCUGCAACUAAAGCGUCCUGGCUGAGGGUCAUCCUGCUCACACAUCACCACAGAUUAUUUCCACUUCUUUCUCCUGACUUUUAAUUCUGUCACAUCAAUAAAGUUUUCUUGCAUC